CCGGGGUAAACGGUGUGAAACGAACUUUUCAUACUAGUUUUAAUUGAAUUUUCUUGUCUGUAUCACUCUGAUUGUCGGAAGAGGACAGUCAAAACAAACACACUGAAAGGGAGAAUAAAUCUUAGUGAAGAUAACUCAUCGGAUCCAUCUAAAGAUAUAUAAAUAGAGUUGUUUGUAUGUUUUUGUUUACUGCUUAAGUAGGGAUGUAUCAGAAUAUGAAUUGGAAGAAAUCCGGAUUUCUUCCAUACUCUCUUAAAGCAAGACAAUUAGAAUUUACUGAUCCAGGAUUUGAUAGAUAUUCUUGGUCUGCUGAGGUUCGAUUAAAGGAGGAACGACUUGCUAACGAAAGAUUUAGUUUGGAAGCCAGGAAGACGAAAAGGCAAAUGAGGUCUAAGCCUUGGUCAGCCGAUAAGAGUAAGGCUGAAGAAAGACAGAAAGUCGGUAGGGAGAUAAAACAUGUGACUAAAUUCAGAAGAUGGCUCGAAGAAGAGAGAAAAGCUGCUAAGCAACACCAAAUGAACAAUGAAGCCAGGAAUAGAGAAAAGAUAAGAGAGGAAAGAAAAUCAGCGACAGUUUUAGCCAAGGAGAGAGAAAAGGAGAGAGAAUUGGAGAAGAUAAAAAUGAGUAAGGAAAUAGAAGCUUCAAUGAAAAUAAAUAGUAUUGUUAAAGGUUUUAUUGUAAGAACUAGAUUAAUGAAAAUUCGAUUCAGAAUUCACAAAUCGCAUGGAGACUGGAAGAAUUUUAUAAAUGAAUAUAAAGGGAUUCUGCAAAGAGUACAGAAAAGAUAUGGUAAACAAAAAAUAUCAACUCCUUUUAACACAAAAGAUAUCGUCAGAUUCAUGUCAAGAAAGGAAAAGUAUGAUAAAACAUUUUACAAUAUGGCGGUCGGUGACAAACUAGCUAAACAUAAUUUAAUGAAGUUUUUUAGGGAGAAUAGUUCUACCUUAACGGAAAGACAAGUAAAUAUUGCUUUUAGAUCUCUAUUUCAGAAAUGUCAAUCUAAAGCAGAUAUUUUCCUUGUAUCCGAUUUUUCGCCCACCCUCUCGGAUACAAGCUUCCGUACAAUGCAGACGUUUUUAAAAGAGUUUGUCAGAUGUUUGCAUAUAUCAACAGAAAAUGUUAGAAUAGGAUUUAGUCCUUUUAAUACAGAUGUUUUUGAAGGGUUUGAUAUUGAUCAAUAUGGAAUUUUAUCGGAUAUUCUUAAGGGUUUAGACUUUGUUAAAUACUCUAAAAACACUAUAACUUUUGAAUCGGCUUUUAAGAAAGCUAAAGAAGGACUUCAAAAAAGUAGACGAUCAGCUCCAAAGAUAAUGAUAAUAAUCACUGAUUUUUCCGAAGGAGGCCUCACAAUAGACAAACAAUCUCUAAAGAAAGACGAAAUAAAGAUAAUUGGUGUUAAUGUUGGCGACAGAACAGAUGAAUCAUCCUCUACCUUGCUCGGGAAAAGUUCAACUUUUCAGUUGAAUUCAAUUCUAAUUUUGGAGAGAAUUCGUUUCAAAAUGUAUAGAAAAUUAAAAAUAAAGAAUUGUCAAUAUUGCAACUUUCGAAUACCCGAAGAUUUCUUAAUCGAUAUGAACAGACCGUUGCACAAGCAUGAAAUUUUUGAAUUAGCUUGGACUCUUUACCCUCCAAGCGGAGCUGAUAUUUCAAAAGAGGAACAAAUUCAAUGGAUAGAGAACGGUGGUAUUCCAAAUUUAUAUCCAAAGUUGAAAUUGCUAAAUGAAAAAGUUAAAAUCGAAGAAGGAAAGGAAGAGAAAAGUCUUUGUUGGCAAAUUCAUUCUAAACUCGAUAUGAAUUUCGAUUCGAAGAAGAAAGCCCUUAAAAGUUCGAGUUCAGCAUCUUGGGAAGAUCUAGAAGGAAUGGCCGAAGAUUAUCUUAAGAAGAAUAAAAAGCACCAGGUAAAAGAAAAGCUCAAAAUAGAACUUGAAGAGAAGAAGAAAGAAAGGAAUAGAAAACCUUUCAAUCACCAACAAUCACAAGAAUCUUGAAGAAAAUAUAUUAUUAUUAAAGCUGACACCUAAUCAUAUUUUCCACGCACGAUAUCAAUGUGAAGAAGCGCCCUCUACAAAAAAAAAAUUAAACUAAAUGAAUAAAUAUAAUAGUCUAUUCAAUGUUGUCU